AUGGCAGGGAAAGUUUCCCAUAGCUGGAGCAUAAAGAGACUUCUGAAACUUAGAUCCACUGCACUCCCCAUUCUCAAUGCAGGAACUAAAACUACUAGAGAUGUUUGGGAAGCUGUUAGAGAAAAAAGAAACAAAGUUAAUUGGCACAAAAUCAUUUGGUUCCCUUCUCACAUACCAAAAUUCAGUAUGAUCGCUUGGAUGGACAUCUUGGACAGAUUUCCAACUCGGGAAAGAUUGUCUCGGAUGUGCAUUGUCAAUGAUUGUAGAUGUGUGCUAUAUAAUGAGACUAAUGAAACUAGGGACCAUUUAUUUUCUGAAUGCAGCUUUGCUAAAUCACUUUGGAGCUCCAUUCUUAAUCUUUCUCAACUGCAUGUUCCACACAUGACAUGGGAAGAAAAGAUUUGCUGGGCUAGUAAAGAAUGGAAAGGUAAAUCCCUUCUUACUACAAUCUUGAAACUAGCUUGGACUUCGUUCAUCUACUUGAUAUGGGAGGAGAGAAAUAGAAGAAUCUACCAUCGUGGCUCCAGAGAAGUCGAUCAAGUUCUGUCUUCCAUCAAAGAGCUGACGCUUCUCAGGUCUUUUGUUAGUGGUACCGGCAGCACGUCAGCAUCCUUCUCAGAAUACGUUCGCCCUGACAAAGUUAGAUGUAGAAUUGGCAAGAUAUAG